GAAUUCUUAUUUGAGAUUGAGACCAGUCGUUGUGUCUCUACUGCGUUAUGUACGUGUUUAUAGUCGAAGUUUUAGUUUAUAUGGGUCGUGUUUCGAUAAAAUAAUGUUUUAAAUAAUAUUUUUUUACGAAUCGUUUUCGUCUUUCUCGAAUCGUAGUGGUGUGUUUUUUUUUUUUAGUUCCGUACAGUUACCCAGAUAUAUACAGUUUAGUUUUAGUAUGCGGAGCUAGUGUAAGCUGUUUAAAAUGGAAGUACAAAUAGAUAUUGAAAACGAACCGGUUACCAUUGAUCAGCUGCAACGUUGGAGUGAGACUUCUACCAUACUCGACUCGAUAUACCCGAUCAACGAAGCUCACAGAAGCCCUUACCGUCAUCAUCAGAAGCUCAAUCAUAGAAUAAUCUUAUGGGAAGGAGAUAUUACGAAUAUUAGAGUCGAUGCCAUCGUACAUUCGUCGAAUCGUGUUUAUAGUGAUAAAAGCAGUAUUACCAGAAGAUUGCUUUCAAAAGCUGGAUUAGAACAUAGACACGAAAUAUCUCAAGUUAUCAAAGGUUGUCCCACAGGAGAAGUUAGAGUCACUCAUGGAUAUAAUUUACCUUGUAAAUAUAUCAUUCAUACAGCUAGUCCUCACUAUAAUGCUAAGUACAGAACUGCCGCUGAAACCUCGUUAGCAUCGUGUUACAGGAAUGUAUUGCAAAAAGCUUACGACAUGCGAUUGGAGACCCUGGCUUUAUGUGUGAUUAACUGCGUACGUUAUAAUUACCCUCCGGACGAAGGAGCUCAUACCGCUUUACGAACAGUAAGAAAAUUCUUGGAGAUGCAAGAAGAAUUGGGAUGCGUUAUCGUUAAUACCAUCGUGUUGGUUGUGGAAAGCUGCGACGCUGGUAUUUACGAGGUCUUGUUACCAUUGUAUUUUCCGCGAUCUUUGCAAGAAGAACGUACGGCCGUGUUGCGUUUACCAUUGGACAACGACUACGUGCAUAAUGAUCGAAGAAUACGCAUUAUUGAUAAUCCUCAGCAUUACACUUACGGUGGAGAUACCAUUUUGAACAUGAACGAUCAUGCGUUCACUCAGAUGCAAGGAGAUUUGGACCAGCAACGAUUGCUGGGGGAUAGACCGCAGUUCCCCUCCAUUGUUGAUCAGAUAUUGGCCAAAGAAGUCCACGAUAAAGAAAGAUAUGAAAGACUUUUACGUCGAGCAAAAACCGAAGAUUUGAGCGAAAUAUCAGGUAUUGGUUGCCUAUACCAAAGCGGUCACGAUCGUUAUGGCAGACCUGUGAUAGUAUUCGUUGGCAAAUGGUUCCGAUUCAAAGACAUAAAUCUCGACAAAGCUCUGUUAUACUUAAUAUAUUUAUUAGAUCCGCUGGUUAAAGGAGAUUACGUUGUUAUGUACUUCCAUACGCUCACAUCCAGCCAAAAUUACGCAUCGUUUACAUGGCUCCGAGAAGUCUACAAUAUUUUACCAUAUAAGUACAAGAAGAAUUUGAAAGCAUUCUAUGUCGUGCAUCCUACAUUCUGGACUAAGAUGAUGGUUUGGUGGUUCACAACGUUCAUGGCUCCAGCUAUUAAACAAAAGGUUAUUAGUAUAUCCGGAAUUGAAUAUUUAUACAGUAUAAUUAGCCAAAAAGAACUAGAAAUUCCAGCUUUCAUCACCGAAUACGAUAUGACUAUAAACGGAAUAAGAUAUUUUCAACCAUUACCGUCGACGUCGACAUGACAGGACGACUCUUGAAGGUAGUAUUAUUGAACGGAAAGUUGAAGCCGACCAUUCAGCGUGUUAUUUUUGAAUUUAUAUAUUUAUAAAUAAAAAACCAGAAAAAAAACUCGAAACCACGUUCGGUAGUUUCGAGUAAGUAUUUAAAUGUAUGAUCGCGUUAUUAUACCCUUUUGAAUAAUAAAAAAAAGAAAUGAUCGAUGUUCGAGUGUGUACUGUACGUGUAUUUAUCAAACUCGGAUCGAUUGUUGUCUUGGUUCAGUUUCCCUUUUUGUUUAUUAGUUUAUUGAUUCGGUUGUUAUAAUUCAUUUUUUUUUCUGUUCUUUUAUUAUUAUUUUUUUUUGUUCAAAGUUUAUUAGGAUUUUUAUCCUAUAAUGAUACGUACCAUUACCUAUAAAUAUGCAUGAAAAAAAAAAAGAAAUCGUGGAGUUGUUUUUAAUUUCGCACCUUAUGCGCCUUUUCAUUCACUUUUUUUUAUAUCUUACAUUAUAUUUUUUUUGUUUUGUUGUUGAUUAUACUUUUAAAGAAAAAAAGACGUUCUGGAUGUGAAUUUUUAAGGUUACCCGUAGUGAUGAUAAUCGAAAGGAAUAUGACUGAUGGUUUUACCAAUGCCAAGGUAUACGUUUUUAAUCAGGGUUUUUAAUCGUUCGAAAAAUUAUUUCGCUUUCAAUGUUUUGAUUUUUCAAUUUUUUCCAGCGUGAAAUUGUGUUUUUUUUCCUCUUAGGUGUUACUUACUGUUCGUUUUUUUUUUGUUUUUUUUUUCUAAUUUGAAAAACGGUCUUCCUCGAAUUCAUGUUCAAAUUAACGCACGCGAAUAUUUACCUAUAUAGCAGCUUGAUAGCUUGUUUAUUUUUUUCUUCUCAUUUCAUAUUAUACAGGGUACAAAAAAAAAAAUGACGAGAGAAAGCUAACGCUUUUCUGCGCUUACCAACGUUUACUGGAUUCAUUUUUCUGCCCCCCUUUUCACAUUCCACAUACAUACAUACAUAAUAAAGAGUAUAAUGUUUAUAUCCAUUAGUUUUUAAAUAAUAAUAAUAAUAUGUAUUAUUCUCGUACAAUAAUAUCUUAUAUAAAAAAAAAAAAAAUACUUCGAAGCUAUAGUGACAAUAACGCGAAACGUGCAUUUAUUUUAGUCGUGUAUUUUGCGCUUUUAAUAUCUUCUAUUCAUUGUUCUAUGUAAACUAUUCGAGUCGUAAUCUAAUUUUCUUUUUUAUAAGGCGAAUUUUACAUCGAGAUACACUUCUAUUUAUUUUACAUAUUUCUUUUUCGGAGCAUUGGAGAAUAAAUGCACGCUUUGGAUCGAGGAUGGGAUGAAGCUCGAUUGGAAUGUGGAUCGAGUAUAAUUUAUGUGCCUGCAGAUUGGAUUGACGCACGAUGUCUAAUUUUUUAGUUGAAAAAUCAGAAAUUUGUAGUAUUUUAUUGUGAGAUAAAUUUGCCUCGAGUUUGGUUAAUUUUUGACAAAAAUAUUAAUCCAGCAUUUCAAAGUGAAUUUUAUUAUUUCAAGUGUGUGAUUAAUUUUAAGUUUAAACCAUAUUCUGGAUUUUUUUAACCCUCUGUGACUCCUGAGGGGGGAUAAUGCUACUCUAAAGUGCUCUAUUUUUGAAAAAAUAUUUUUUUUUGAUUUUAAAACACUUUUUUCAAAUUGAAAAUUUUAUGAGGAAGUUGAAUUUUUUUUUAAAUUUUAGAUAAUUGAAUUCCCUCCCCCCCCCCUCUUACAUAGAUUUGUUAAUUUGUUUUCGAAUUCGUUUUAAUUUUUUUUAGGAAAAAUUCUCGAGGAAAAAUGAUGGAGAAAAUAAAUUUUUAUUUUCUUGAUCAGGAUAAUUCAUAAUUAAAUCUUGUGAGAAAUUUUUUGCGUUAUUUUUCCCGCCAAAAUCCCCCCUCGGAGCCUUUGGCUUUUUUUAGAGGGGUGAGAGGGAGAGAUUCGCUAGAAAUUUUAGCUCUUCAAUCAGAAAUUAAUCCCUCCUGAAAAACCCGAAAAAUUGAGAAAAAAAGUGAGAAAAAAUUAAAAAAACAGAUUUUGAAAAUCGAUAAUGAUCAAAAAUCGAUUAAUCGAUUUCCAAGGUAAUCUCGUGUGAUCAAUCUUGUUCGAAAUGAAAAUUUUAUUCAAUUGAAUGUCCUGAUCAAUAAUCUAUAAUUAUCAAAAAUCGAUUAAUCGAAUUCCAAAAAUCGAUUUAUUUUUGAUUUUCGACCUCACACGAUCAAUCAUGUUUGAUAUGAAAAAAAUCAUUUUCAUCCUCGAAUCGGUUAUCAUUAAAAAUUGAAUAAUCGAAUUCCAAAACUUGAUUAAUCGAAUUCCAGAACUCGAUUAAUCUGAUUCCACAAAUUGAUCAAUUGAAUUAAUUCAUAAAUCGAUUAAUCGAAUUCCAAAAAUCGAUAUAUUUUCGAUUUUCGACCUCACACAGUCAAUCAUGUUCGAUAUGAAAAAAUCAUUUUCAUGCUCGAAAAUAAACUUGGCAAUCUGAAAUCUAUAAUUAUUGAAAAUCGAUUAAUCGAAUUCCAUAAAUCGAUUCAUUUUCGAUUUUCGAUCUUACACGAUCAUGUUUGAUAUAGAAAAAAUAUAGACAGGAAAAAAUCAUUUCUAUUUUCUAUCCUCGAAUCGGUUAAAAUUGAAAAUCGAAUCAUCGAAUUCCAAAAUUCGAUUAAUGUAAUUCCAUAAAUCGAUCAAUCGAAUUUCAUAUAUCGAUUAAUCGAAUUUUGUAAAUCGAUUAAUCGAAUUUUGUAAAUCGAUUAAUCAGGGAUGGAAGAGCCUUGAUUUCAGGGCUCCCGCUCUUGGCUCUUGGCUCAGCUCUCCACAAGUUUUAGCUCUGGCUCGCUCUUGGCUCUUGGCUCUUUUUCUCUACAUGGGCUCUUUGGUUCCUUGCUCGCUCCUCAAUUCUUUCCGACUCCGCUCUUUGACUCUCAGCUCCCUCUUCCAAUUUCUUGGCUCCCACUCCAGCUCCCACUCUGGCUCUUGGCUCUUUAAAUUAGAACUUAAAAUUCGUGAAAAACGAUGAAAAAAAUGAAAAUAUACUGCAUUUAUUUUCAUUUUAUUUCUCAAUGAGAAAACAAACGUAGAAAUUCUUCAUUUUCUUCUCAAAUGUGAGUUGAAAGUUGAAUUUUUAAUAAAAUUGUGCGCAUUUUUUUACUUUUUUUUCUACUUUUAGGGAGCCAAAGGGCCAGAAAAAUUUUGUGGGCUCCCACUCGGCUCUGGCUCUUUCCAGGUUAAAGACUCCUUAUGAUGAUGGCUCUCUUGAGUAAAAUAAGGAGCUCUUUUUCAAGAGAGCUCCUGAUGUUUUUCUGCACUUUCAUUCAUUUGGCUCUUGGCUCUGGCUCUAGCUCCUCAAAAAAUCCGGCUCUUUCAGACUCUGGCUCCAGCUCGCUCCCGGCUCUUCCAUCCCUGCGAUUAAUCGAAUUUUAUAAAUCGAUUAAUCGAAUUUCAUAAACCGAUUAAUCGAAUUUCAUAAAUCGAUUAAUCGAAUUCCAAAAAUCGAUCCAUUUUCGAUUCUCUCCUUCAAAAUUUUUCAAAUUUUCUCAACAGUUCUCAAUUUCUGCAUCAGAAUUUUUCUGAGUAAUCCUUUUCUCAAAAUAAACCUCUUUUGGUUUUCCAAAAUCCGAAGAAUGUCGAAGCCUUCCUCUUUCCCCUCUUGUUCAGAUCUGAAAAAUUGAAAAAAAAAAAAUAAUUAAAGGAACAGCCGAUUAGAAUUUUUUGAAAAAUUCAAAUUUCUAGGUAAAAAUUACGCUAAGUGACCCGUUUAGAUUGAAAAAAAAAAACUCUCCGAGCCUCUCAAGUGGGCCAUUCCAACGAACCCCCUAUACCCUUUCAGGUAAAGAAAUCAGUAAAAUGUAAAAAAACAACCCCCUCCCACCACAAAAUCAUUCUGUCCCCCCUCCCACUUUUUCGGGAAAUGAAAAAUGAAAUCGAAUAGGUAAAUUUUUCAACAUUUUUUUUUCUUUUCAUUUCUGUUUUUUUUUUUUUUUUAAAUACUUAAUUGAGGAGAGGGCCUAUUUAAAUCUGUAUGAAAUCAUCCCCUCCCUUCCCCUCCCCUCAUUAAGAUGAAUUUUGAAAAUUUUUCAAUUGUACAUAAAUAUGUAUCAGAUCAGCUUUCCUGUAAAUGACUCCAUUUUCAAGGUCAACCUUCUUUCCCCCACCCCUCCAUCAAUUACAGUUCCAGCAAUAACUAUUGACGAAUUAUUCAGAACAAAAGAGCACAGCGAAUCAUUUUUGAAUUUUUUGAUUUUUUUUUUUUUUGGAUAUUGAGGGAAUUUUGAUUUUUUUUUUUUUUGAAUUUGAAGUCUCCCACGAAUUUUAGAGUGUCGAUGUCCAGUUUCAAAAUCAACGAGUCUGUGAAAUUAAAAAAUGAUUGGGGGGGGCUAAGGCAGGUCUUACGCCCCCCAAAAAAGAUCUCGUAAUCAAAAUCCAGGACAUAUUCUAGUCUCUAAAUUUUCAAAAGUAUCGGCUCAGUGGUGUGUUUAUGAGAAGAAAAAAAAUUCUAGUCAGGAAAGUGAGAUCUCAUUCGCUUCAUACCAAAUAGUCUACCAACAAUUUUAGAAUUUUUUUUUUUUUUGGUUCAAGGAGACUCGUCGAGCUUCAUCUUACAUCAUCAAAGGUAAAAAAAAAAUUGUAAAAAAUAUCCAACGAAAUGCGCAGUAUAAAAUAAUAAAUAAUAAUUUUACAAUAUAAAUAGAUUUUGAAUUGCAUUAAAUAAAUAGGGUUUUUUCUUCUUCUAUCUUCUUCUUCUAGGUAGUGUAUUGUAAUACGAAUUUCUUGACUAUUAGCAAUGUUUAUACUAAAUUUAAAGUUAUAGUAUAUUACUUCACUUUUUUCAUAGUUGUUGCACUAAUUCGGUUAGGUAGGAUGCGCUGUAUUACCUAUACUUUUAUUUAUUUUUUUUAGUCGUAUCUAAUGUACAAUAAUAUUGUACCUACAAUUCCAAGAAAAAUUUUUAGUGGUCAUAUUGAGGAAAAAAUUGACUACCUUGGUGGGUAGUUAGUUCGUUCGUUGAUUUCUUCAGCCAUUAUCAAUAUGACGUACUCGUAAUAUAAGAUUCAUAUCGAAUAUUUAUUAUUUUCCCCCCGCCGCCGUAAAUCUUUUAAUACUCGUGUUGUAUUUUUUAAGUGCCAGUAUCUACAUUUUACGUACUUUGUAGUUAACCUACUAUUUGUUGAUGUUUUUUUUUGUUUUUUUGUUUUUUUCUAUAAUUAUCAUCGAUAUGAUUAUUACCUUUUUUUUUUUUCGUUUUAAUUUUCGCUUAUCCGGUGAUGAUAAGUUAAGCAAAAAAAAAUACCAAUAUAGUUCUGGAAAAUUAGCUUUCCAUUGGGAAAAGUGAGGUAGAAAGCAAAAUUUUAAUGUGUAUAGUAGUCCAUUUUUAUGUGCUAAACACGAAUCUGAGGUAUCCCUUCGCAUCCUUGGUGAACGUUCUCCCCUAUAAUAGAUCUAAGCCACCAUCACCUCCCCCCCUCCGUCCCAAUUUUUGCCAGAAAUUUGAGGAAAUCUUGCUUUGUAAGCGAGAGAUUCAAAAACUUGUGAUUUUAUUCAAGAUUUUACAACUUUUAUCAGAAAUUUGAAAAAGGUCACGAUUUUUGGCACACAUUUUAGAAAAAGUCCUAAUUUUUACCAAUACUGUGAAAAUGUCUCGAUUUUUCAACUGUCCUGAUUUUUUAUCAAAAUUAUUUUUAAGAAGUCUUAAUUUUUGUCAAGAUUUUAAAAAUGUCUUAAUUUUUUUUUAAAUUUUGAAAAAUUUUAAUUUUGGUGUGAAAUUACAAAAAUUCUUAGUUCAUUGGUAAGAGAUUCAAAGUAGUCCUUUUUUCAAUAGAUAGUUGAAAAGUCCUGAUUUUUCAUCAGAAAAUUAAAAACGAAAAGGUCAUAGCUGCAAAUUGUACUCAUUCUGCAUUUUUUUUCCUAAUUUUUCAGGGAAAAUUCCAAAACUUGGCAAAUUUACGAAAAUUGAGCUUUCAUUAAAAAAGCUCAACUUUGAACUUUCGGCAUUUUCGGCAAUUAUUUUUGAACUUUCCUCAAUCAUAUUUGAUGGUCGAUUGUGCUCAAAACGAAAAAUCAAUUUUAGUCUCAAAAGUCAAUCAUUAUCAAAAAUCGAUCAAUCGAAUCACAAAAAUCGAUUGUUUUCGAUUUUCGAUAUCGUAUGAUCGAUCAUGAUCGAAAUACUUGAAACACAAAUCUUCACCUUCAGAAUACUUGAGAAUCGAUCAAAAAAUCGAUACUUACUCGAUUGCCAAGAAUCGAUUUAUUUUCGAUUUUCGAUCUUAGUUUAUUGAUCUUAUUCGAAAUGAAAAAUCAAUUUUUGCCACAAUUUUACACCUUCUUUGAAAAAAUCUAUUAAUUCAACUCCGAGAAUCGAUUCAUUUUCAAUCUUCAAUUUCAUUCAUGAUUAAUCAAGUUCAAAAUUGAAAAUCAAUUUUAUCCUCAGAAAUGAACCUACCAUUCAAAAAUCGAUAACGAUCGAAAAUCGAUUAAUCGAUUUCCAAGGUGAUCUUGUGUGAUCAAUCUUGUUCGAAAUGAAAAUUCUAUUCAAUUGAAUGUCCUGAUCAAUAAUCUAUGAUUAUCAAAAAUCGAUUAAUCGAAUUCCAAAAAUCGAUUUAUUGUUGAUUUUCGACCUCACACGAUCAAUCAUGUUUGAUAUGAAAAAAAAAUCAUUUUUAUCCUCGAAUCUGUUAUCAUUAAAAAUCGAAUAAUCGAAUUCCAAAACAUGAUUAAUCGAAUUCCAGAAUUCGAUUGAUCUAAUUCCACAAAUCGAUUAGUUGAAUUUCAUGAAUCUAUUAAUCGAAUUUCAUAAAUCGAUUAAUCGAAUUCCAAAAGUCGAUAUAUUUUUGAUUUUCGACCUCACACAGUCAAUCAUGUUUGAUAUGAAAAAAUCAUUUUCAUCCUCGAAAAUGAACUUAGCAGUCUGAAAUCUGUAAAUUAUUGAAAAUCGAUAAAUCGAAUUCCAUAAAUCGAUUCAUUUUCGAUUUUCGAUCUCACGCGAUCAUAUUUGAUGAUAUAAAGAAAAUAUAGACGGGAAAAAAUCAUUUCUAUCCUCGAAUCGGUUAUCAUUAAAAAUCGAAUCAUCAAAUUCCAAAAAUUAAAUCAUCGAAUUCCAAAAAUCGAAUCAUCAAAUUCCAAAAAUUGAAUCAUCAAAUUCCAAAAAUUGAAUCAUCAAAUUCCAAAAAUCGAAUAAUCGAAUUUCACAAAUCGAUUAAUCGAAUUUCACAAAUCGAUCAAUCGAAUUUCACUAAUCGAUCAAUCGAAUUUUACAAAUCAAUUAAUCGAAUUCCGAAAAUCGAUCCAUUUUCGAUUUUCGACCUCACUCGGUCAAUCAUGUUCGAUAUUAAAAAAUCAUUUUCAUCCUCGAUAAUGAACUUUGCAAUCUAAAAUCAGUAAUUAUUGAAAAUCGAAUAAUCGAAUUCCAUAAAUCGAUUCAUUUUUGAUUUUCGACCUUAGACGAUCAAUCAUGUUUGAAAUGAAGAAAUCAAUUUCACCCUCAGAAAUGAACUUUGCCAUAAAAAAUCGACAACAAAGUUAUCAAAAAUCGAAUAAUCUAAUAUCGAUUUGGCCAUGGCCCUCUUAAUCAAAAAUCGAUUAUUUUCCAAUUUUCCAUUUCAGAUGAUCGAUCAAGGUCGAAAUUAUCAUUCGUAUUAUUCUGUUUCAAUUUUGAUUUUUGUUAGUCAAUAAUUGACCAAGAAGUCUGGGGGAGUUCGCGUUUAGCUCGUCAUAAAAAUAUACCAGUGUACCAAAAUACAGCUUUCUAACUCACUUUUCUCAGUGGAAUGCUAAUCUUCCAUGGACUAAUAAUGAUGAAAAGCGAGCGCAUCUUACUGAGCAUUUUUGUCUGACACGACGACGUACGAUAAAUAUAAGCCUAUACCUACAGCAAGGCGAAAAGAGCAAAAGUGAAUUUGAAUUUAUUAUAUAAACAAAAGACUAAACAUUAUAACACGUUGAUCUCAUUAUUCUGAUAAAACAACGAUUAAAGAAAAAAAAAAUCACUAGUACCGCAUGCAAGACUCGACUGGUGUGAAUCUUUCUACCUAUACAUAGGCAGAUUAAUAAUAACGAUUAGUUGGCGGUAACUGCCUGAUCUUAUGUUUUCCAACAAUCCGCAUAUAAUAUUAUAGCUGAAGUUUUCUAUAAUACCUACGUACCUAUAUAUAUCUUCGACUAUUAUUCUGUACUAUCGCAAUCAAUAUUUAAAAAAAAAAAAGAAGGCUCGUGUGUUGUUGAUCUUUUUUUGUUUUAUAAUACAAAUGUGAUAUUGAAAGAGAUAUUGCUUAAAAAUCGGCACUUUUACCUCUUCUUUAUCUUUUCUCGUUUUUUUUUCUUUUUUGUUUCGUUCCACAGACCGCUUUUGACAUGAAAACAAAAAAUGGGCUGUUCUUUAAUUAUGUUGUGUGUUUUUCUUCUUCUUCUUCUUCUUCGGCUAUGUACUGUACUUUUAUUAAGAUUUUAGAAAGGUGUAGAUCGCGUAUAUUGUGAGAGAACCUUUUGCCUUUUAUCUACAUUAUUUUGACCGGUCGAAUUAGAUUAUUUUAAUUACCCUAAGGUACAUUUUAAUAUCUUUAUUACCCAGAUGUAGCUGUAUGUGCUGACUGGUUCAUAUUACAGACUUAUCGGGCUGUAAUACUACCUCUGUAAUCAUUGUUAUUUCGCUUUUUAUAAAUUUACUUUUUUUUUUUUAAUUGUUAUCAAUUUAGUUGUUUUUCAAGUUUUAGAAAUAUUAUUGUUAUUCAUUGUAAUAUUUUGGAUUCAUGUUUUAAGUCAUAAAAAUGAACAUAUUUAAAUUGUAAAUAAAUUAUUUACUUGAGAA